UAGCUGAAAUCAUCGAAGUAAAUCAUCUGAAAUCAUAUGUACAUCUCCACUCAAGUUAUUAGAAAUGAAAUAGUUUCUGUUUACGUAUGCGCCUCUUUGGGCAUUAUUGCUCCAAUGUAAUAUAGCGGUAUUUAAAAGCAAUAUGACUUUAAUUUGAGUACACAGUGCGUUCGUGUAUGACGACAGAAUUAGACCUUUACCACUACCAUACAAUUUGAAUGAGGCCAAUCACCCAGCCACCGUCUUGAAUGGAACAUAAUCAGGGUGAGUCAUGUCAUAAUGGAAUAAAUUGUGCAGCUUUAUGCCUUUUUAAAUUGUCCUGCGCGCUCGUUUAAUAAGGCUCUCGGAUAAUCCUCUUUGAGUCAGUGAUCGACAAAGAAACAUGAAUCGGGCAAACCAAAUAUGUAAUCGUUACUACAAGUUGUAACUGAACUUCUUUUAUGGCAAAACUGAUUUGUUGCCAUCUUUUAACUCUUUAAAGAAUAUAGUGGAGCAGGCGCGAUAUCGUUAAAGAAGAAAAUAUAUCUUAACUUCUAAUGAACUAAAAUUUCAUCUCAUAAAAGUAAACAAAUUAAAAUAUACUUUAAAAGCAUUUCAUUUGUAAUUCUUAAAGGAGCUGAAUAUAAAACAAAAAUAAGAUUGGUGAAAGUGAAACAAGACAAAAAUAAGAUAGAAAUGUCACCUAUUACAAAUAUUUUCCUAUGUUGGCCCAUGGUCGGAAAACCCCUAUCGAGAGAUAAAAGAAUAGAUUUUGACUAGAAUUGCUAGUUUAUGACUGUUCUCCUCUUAAGUGGUAGCGGUACCCGGUCGGUCACGAGUUUUCUUCGGUUUUAUCGCAACAUACGUGAGAUACAUUCGAAUAAGCUUUUUUUGUAGGUAAUAUCUGACCUAAAUUUAAAUACUGGCCAGGUGUGUCUUUAAUUCCCACGGUCAUUAAAAACAUACUUGGUAUAAAUACUCCUGAAAUGUGUCCAGUAUACCAGAUUGAUAGCUUAUUCGUUACAACAACAAAAAAACAAGUGUCUUAAAAUGUUUUUGUUUCUUUAUAUCUUCGCCAUUAUAGCAAUACUUGAAGCAUCAGGCGCAAGUAUAAAUGAAGUUCCAAAAAUCGUCGGCGGUUCUGUAGCAGAGGACGGACAAUAUCCGUAUCAAGCCUCAUUACGUUACAAAAAUCGUCAUUUUUGCGGAGGAUCUGUACUGAACGAGAGAUGGGUACUAACAGCUGCUCAUUGUUUAUCAAGUUUCAACGAUACGUCCAUAGCUGUCGUGUUAGGUUCCAAUACUUUAGACAAAGGUGGCGACGUAUAUCAAUCUGAAAAAAUAAUUAGCCAUCCAAAAUACAGUUCUAUAUUGAUUAGAAAUGAUAUCGGACUGAUCAAAGUGGACAAGGACAUCGUUUUCGGAGACAAAGUGAAGCCCAUCGCGUUACCUAAUGAAAACUUCGGCAAAAUAGAUUAUCCCGCUGUAUUAUCUGGUUGGGGAACUACUAGCUAUCCCGGACAAACGCCGAACGAUCUAUAUUACAUACAGCUAAGUGUAAUCGAUCAAAAACAAUGUUUAAACGCCAGCUUCCGUGUCACCAACGACAAUAUCUGCACACUUAACAAGAGAGGUGAAGGCGCUUGUCACGGUGAUUCCGGUGGCCCCUUAGUUGCCGACAAUGAACAAAUUGGAGUUGUAUCCUGGGGAAUACCAUGUGCAAGAGGUCGACCGGAUGUCUUCACCCGUGUCUACAGUUAUAUUGAUUGGAUCAAAGAUCACAUAGAAAAUAAGAAUUAGAUAGGGAGAUGAUUGAAUCUAAUUAAAUUACAGUUAAAUGAAUGUUACAUGGUGGAUUAUGUACACCUUUGCACUUUGUGAUUUCUCAAAGAAUACAACUAUGAAAUAAAUCAUUUAAUUAAUUAUAAAUGUGAUAUCUUUCUUUAAUGUUACUUAUAAGAGGAGAAAAUGUUAACGCAAGAAGGGUAGUCCAAGAACUUUUAAAACAAAACCGUAAUCUGGGCGAGAGACUAAACAAACGUGCCCCGUCUUAAUAAACGAAGACAUCGCAUUCGUGCGUUAGCAAAGUAUCAAUUUACCGAGCAGUUGCUCUGUUCCUUUUAUUCAAUUUUAUUUCCAAUAUACUAUUUGCAUUUCUUGUAUGUUUUUCACAUUGCAUGAUAGCUGUAAUUUAUGUUAAGUAUAUACGCUGCAGUGCGUCCUACGCUUAUGCAAAUGCACUUUAAGAUGACACUAAUUUUGCGGCUCGUAUGCACAAAUUAAUGUCACACGUACCUAAUUCGUUGAAUUAGAUAGAACAUUUAGGAAGCCUAUAACAUUUAUACGGGAAAAUACAUGAUUUGUUAUAAGCACAGUUAGAAUUAAUUAUAGACACUCAAUACAUAUCUAAUACGCAAAUACCGGAUAAAUCUUAUAAGAUAAAUCUUAAAUCUUGAUUUGUAGUACAUACUUUUGUUUCAUAUUUUAUUAUUCUAUUUUACACUAUUACAUGUAUAGUCUUCCUUUAGAAGGUCAUGCACUCGCUAAAUUUUAAGGAAUUAAAAUAAAGAUCUUGAACUUACGCAUAUUCAAUCCUUGAAAACGAAGUGAUAAAGCUUUAUUAAAGUUAGAAAUUUAUUUCCGCGUAAAAAUUGUGUGACCGAUGAUUGUAGAGAGCGAAAGAAUAAAAGGUAUUCUUGAUAUUAGAAUGCAGUAAGAAAUCUUCAAUCUCAAUUUCGGUCAAGCGUCGAAUAACCUGAAUUCAAUGGCGCAUGUCCGAAUUGUGUGCAUCGAAAAUCGUUUCAGGACUAAGAAGGAUGCUGCACGUAGUAGUACAUCCUUGGAAAUUUCAGAUAUGCAUAAGAUUAAAAAUUAUUAUGCAUUUCAUUUAUAACCGACAUAUAAAAUGUUUUAUUGAUAUUAUUUAAUCAAGUAAGAACAUAAUUAAUUGAAGUAAUAAAGGUUCUUUGCGAUUAUAAUCUAACAGAGAUCACAAUACCUUUAUAAACCCCUCUGGCUACACCACUGGUAGCACUUAUUCAAAGAUUGCCAACAUCGAGGCCAAGGAUGCGCACUGCUACCCCGACCUCGCCAAUGUUUACAAAGCAUGUGUAAUCUAUGACAGAUUGCCAAUACUCGAGAUGCAUCGGACCUAAAAUAAGUGCAAUAAUUAAAUAAUAAAUAAAUAAAUAAAUAAAAUAAAUGCAAUAAUUUUUUUAGGAAAUUCGAUGAAAAACAAUGAUAAUUUAAUAGAGUGAGAAAGAAAACCCUGGACCGUGUACUAUAACUAGCGUUUAUCUGUAAUGAAACGUAUGACCUAAAUCACGGAGCGCACGCGCCAUCAAGCAAGGACAGUUUCGAGGGUGUGCUUUCAUCCCCUGUUUCUCGUGUCUCGCGAAUUUCUCAUUGCCUGUGCCUGUCCGUGUGAUUUUGUGAGAAAAACAGAGUGCCGUGAAAGACGAGGACCGGUGGCCGUGCCACCUGCUGGAGCUUAACGUACAUUGUCUGAAAUCGAUAUCGCCAUCCUUGUCUUUCGUCUUAAGAACGUCAUUCUAGUAGUUUGCAGAGAAGAAAUAUGACCGCGAUGGAAACUGUACACGGGGGAUUGUGUUAAGAGUGGCAAAACCUUCGGUGUUUGUAGUGGGAAAAAAUAAUGAAUGUUGAUCUGACAUUUUUAUUAAUUAGCCACGUAAAAGCUCUGUAGCAACUGCAAACCGUUCGGACACUGUUAACAAGAUAAUUUAAUAAUCGAAUGCUAAAGUAUCGAGUGUGUACAAGACAAAAGUUUGUAUAUACGCAAAACGAUUGUCGAAAUUGCGAUAUUCAUUGACCAGAAAAUUGAUGAAGGUUGAUACACUGAUAAAAAUUAUUAUGUCACGUUGCCUAUUCGCUAUUAGCCAAAAAGUGACUGGACACUAAUCAGUUUCGGCUCGUGACAUGUAUCGGAGAUACAUUUAUAUCUAUAUUCAUCGAUUUCAUUGUUUACAUUUACAAAGUGUGAGAACGAGUAUUAAAUAAAAUCUGCAAACGCAUAUGUUUAUCGAUA